AUGAUGAAAAAAUCAAAAGAUAACUCAGAUGAUUCUAGUGUUGAGUAUGAUGUUGAAAAAAUUCUUGAUAAGAAAAAAAUGAAUGGUACUACAUUUUACGAGGUAAAAUGGUUGGGGUAUGUUGAAACAACAUGGGAACCUAGUUGUAAUAUUGGUCCUUCAUUGAUCAAAAAAUUUGAAAAGAAUUUUGUUAGAAAGAGUUUGGAUUCUAAAAGGAAAGAUAACAAUGAUAAUGAAGUGAAGAUGUCACCUUCUAAAAAGAAAAGAAAAAUUAAUUUUGCUGUUAAAACAGACAGAAAAAGUUCUAAUUUAGAUUUUGAACCUAUUGAGUCUGGUGAAAAAAAAUCUGAUUUAAUAAAUAAUUCUUCCGAAGUUAGAAGAAGAAGUUUAAGACAAUGUAGACUCAGUGGUAUGUCUGUUAAAAGACGCACUAGUUCCCGAUUAUCUAAGUCUAUCGAAGGAAAUGAGAUUGUUCCUGAGAUAGAAACACCAAAGAAUAAUAUAACUAAAAUUAAUAAUACUCCAUUAUUAAAGGAGUCAUAUAGUCAACAAGAUACUAGUACUGAAGAGUUAUCAGAAGAAAUUGAUGGUAGUAAAGGAAUUGUCGAUCACCGUAUUAGAGACGAUGGUAUCAAAGAAUAUAGAAUUCGUUGGAAAGGUUUUCCUGAGGAAGAAGAUACUUGGCAAACUUCAGAUACUUUUAUUGAUUCACGUGUUGUUGAUUUGUAUGAAAAAAAGAUUGCUAACAGUGUUUCAUCCAAUGAAAAUGACCAUGGACUUCUUUGUGAACUUAUAAAAGAGGCAGAAAAUGGAAAGAAAUAUGAAACAGAUGAAAUAUUCUUUAUUAUAGCUUUAUUUGUAAAUAAAGAUAAUGAAAAAUUGUAUUUGGUAGCUUUAAAAAAUUAUGAUAUUGCUGUUAUACGGUCAGAGAAUGUUCCAAUUAAAUUUAAAAAGGAAUGUUCCAUUGUUGACAAAAGAGUCAUUCAUUGGAAAGUUUAA